CGAACCUCGUAUAUGUGACGUAUUUUCCCCGCGCCGGAAACGUGCUUGCGAGUGCUGAUGUGUUAUUUCCCUUUGAUAGAUGUUUAGUUUCAAGACAAAUAUAAAAAAUAGUCACUAUUAGUUUAUUUAAAUGUUUAUAAGGAGCGGCGUUAUUACGUUUUAAAAACCCGUCGCACGAGAAGCGGAGCACUGGAGAAAUGCCGCCAAAAGGAAAAGUGGGAACCAAAGGCAAGAAGCAAAUCUAUGAUGAAAACCAGAAUACUUUAAAAUUUUAUUUCAGAAUCAUCCUUGGAGCAAACGCUAUUUACGUAGCCAUCAAUUUCCUACUCUUUUACAACUCAUCUACGUUCUGGACAUUGUUCUCGCUACUGUUUGCAAUGGCUGUUUAUGUUGGCAGCUACAAAUCUAUGUCAGCAAUGGCUAAAGCUACAUUUGCUGAUGAUGGUAGCUUGCUGGAUGGAGGAAUUGACCUAAAUAUGGAACAGGGCAUGGCAGAACACCUCAAGGAUGUGAUUCUUCUUACUGCUAUUGUUCAAGUCCUCAGCACACUGUCAUCCUACUUCUGGUACUUCUGGCUCCUGGCACCUGCGAGGGCAUUUCACUUACUGUGGGUGAACUUCUUAGGCCCCUGGUUUUCUGCUGAUUCACAGGCAGCUCCUGAAGAGAACGAGAAGAAUGAUAAAAAACAGAGGCGACAGGAAAGACGACAAAUGAAAAGAUUCUAGAUCUGUCCACUUUCUUUUACAAUAACAAAAAACACUUAAUUUAAAUUCUUAUGAAAAGAAUAUGACAUAUUAGCAAUAUACGGAAAUAGACAGACACUGUAAAGUGUCUUUGGCUUUUAUUUUUUUCCCUCAUCAACUGGCCCGUCCUUCUCAUUCUUCAGGCUUCUUUUACACCCGUCUCAAACUUGCUCAGGGGUGCCAUGGUCAUAUCUGCCUGCUAACGGUUUUUAUUUCAUUCUGAAGUAAAACACAACCAAAUGCCAUUUGUUUACUGUAGUUAGCUACUACUUUCAUGAGUUCCAGUUCUCAUUUGCAGGUAUAGCUAUUGCUUUAUCAGACAACUACGUGGCACGUUGCCCUCAGCUAUUUUGACAAAGUUACAUGAGUUCAACAACCAGUUGAAAUGAGACAUCACAUCAUUUUGGCUUUUAGACUCCAUGCCAUUGGAUGUUAUUGUUUUGAUUGUAUAUGUUUCUGUAUCAAAACUUUUGAUAAUGUUUGAUCUGUGACGUCACGUGUUGUUCUGAGGAAGCAUGUGGUGGCUUGGUGCUGCCUUGAGAGACAAAUGCAGAAUGACUGACCUUCAGUGGCAUGGCAUUAAAAGACUUUAUAUGAUUACAUCUAUUUUUUUAAAGUAGUCUGCUGAAACUGUUUUGCGUUGUAAUUUUGGGUGGAUUAGUGUAAAGAAUUUUUAAACACACAAUCUCACGUAUUGACUUUUACAUACUGCAUGUUGUUCAGGAGCAAAAUGUGGAUAUCGAAUUAUGUGAAAUAAAUAAAAAAUACAAGAUA